AGCUAGCUUGAUGCGGUAGUGCCACAACGUGCGGAUCACUAUUGGAGACUCACGCCUCACUUCUGAAUGGAUGAAGCUCGUUUUGAAGGUUGAACAAAGGGUGUUAAUGUUGUGUUUUAUCAACAGGGGCUGUAAUUAGGGAUAAAUUGGCUUUUUGGCAGUUAAAGAGAGACUUUUCUGGGACAGCUGCCCAUCUUAGUGCCUCUUAGCUAACUCUGGAGUAUGUGGAUUUUCAGCAUUUCACACCAGAACAGGCAGCUUUUAGUCUGCAGUAACAGUCUGUUCUCAAGGAUAGGUUCCCAGUUUACCUGUUACCACGUGACAGGUCCUCUUUCACACCCAAAGAACAUCAGCAGCUUUAAACCUGCAGUGAGGAGAACUCAAUCAGUGUCUGAUGAGCAUCAGGAUCCUAAGAGGACUGUCCGGACUAAAGCAUGGAAAAAAGAGACCCCACCUCAGCUGAAGCCCACCGAGAGGAGGGGAGGCGACUACAGGGUGUCAUCUGAGCUCAGGAAGUUGUGUCUUGAGGAUUUCCACUCAGACAGGGAGAGGCCGGAGAAACAGGAGUCAGCACAGGAGUCCAAAUCAGAGGGCUAUGAGAUUGUUUUUGGCGUCUCCCCCUGCCUCUUGGCUCUCACUCAGGGUCGAAGGAAGGUGAGGAAACUGUUUGUAAAGGAGGGUGAGACGUCCCACAGAGACUCUGUGAUUAAAGUGUGUGAGGAGGCUCAUAAUCGAGGAGUCCAAGUCCACAGAGUCAGCAAGAAAGAUCUGGACAAGAUGUCUGCAGGACGAGUGCAUCAGGGAGUUUGUCUGCAGGCCAGUCCUCUGGGGUACCUCACUGAAACAAGAGAGCGUCCACCCAGAGAAAAAAACCCAUCCCCUCCUUUGUGGCUGGUCCUAGAAAGAAUCCAGGACCCCAUGAACCUGGGCGCCAUCCUUCGCUCUGCAUACUUCCUCGGCGUGGACAGAGUGGCGAGCAGUCUUCAGCACAGCUGCCCGCUGUCUCCAGUGGUCAGCAAGGCCAGCUCAGGCGUCAUGGAGGUGAUGGGGGUGUACGGGUAUGAAAACCUGGAAGAGAUGCUGAAGUCAAAGGUGAAACAGGGCUGGGAGGUGGUCGGGACAGUGGGAGCAGAAGUAGAAGAGUCUCAGGCUUCCCGGGUGUCAAAGUGUUCAGACUUUCAGAUGACCAAACCCACGAUGCUGUUGAUGGGCGGAGAGGGGGAGGGACUGUCUAAAGAGCUGCUCUCUCUCUGCCAAACUCUCCUCACUAUCCCGGCUGGUAGAGCACUGUUCCCAGGUGUGGAGUCUCUAAAUGUGUCUGUAGCUACAGGGAUCCUGCUGCACACUCUGCUGUUCUCAAGGAGGUCCAACAGGUGAACACUUCCCUAAACCUGAACCAAGAAAAUGUGACUAUCUUUGGCUGAGGAGUCCCAUAUUGACUGCAGUAUUUUGAAGGGUUUUGAAAGAACAAGGCUUGUGAGAUCCAAUAUUUGUCUUUGUGUUCAGAGCAAUUUCCAUGAAAAGCAAAAAAUAAAAUGAAAUAUUGAGUAAACAACA